CAGAGGGAGACACAUAGACAGAGAGGAGGCUGGAGAAAGGAAGAGGAGGCAGGAGGAGGAUCGCAGAGUGUGCAGCCAGGGGAGGAAGAGGCAUCAUACACUGUGCAGCCAGGGGAGGAAGAGACGGCCGCAGAGCAGCUCAUCCAACUCCCGGAGAGGAUGAUCCAGGGCUGAAGGAGGAGGAGGAAGAAGACGGCAGAUCGGAGGCAAGCAGCAGCCCAGAGUGACAGCAAGGUGACUACUACUACUACUACUACCAUACUACAGCAACAGCAACAGCAGCAGCAGCAGCAGCAGCAGCCACCGGAUCCUCCCAUCCCUCCAUGCAAUCAAUGGGCUGAAUCUGCAAAGGCUACAAGCAACAGCAGCCCUAUCCUUCCUCCUCCUCCCACCCUCUCCCCCUCUCUCCCUCUCCCCCUCUCUCCCUCUCUGUCUGCUCUCCUUUCCUCCUCCCCCUCCCUCCUUCCUUCUUUUCCUCUCCCUUCCCUCUCCUGCUCCCCUCGGUGAUGGUUUAGGCUUCAUCUGGCUGCAAUCCACCAGUAGGCCUCAAGCCCCUGUGACUGCUCUCCUCCUCCUCCAGGCUCAGCUCACUUUUACCUCUUGAAUACAUAUAUAUACACAUAGCUUUGAAAAGAACGUCCGCGAGUCAACUGGUGGUGAAGACACGUCGCCGUCAUUAUGAAUGAAGUAGCGAUUGUGAAGGAGGGGUGGCUUCACAAACGAGGUGAAUACAUAAAGACAUGGAGGCCUCGCUACUUCCUCCUCAAGUCCGACGGUACUUUCAUUGGGUACAAAGAACGCCCCCAAGAUGUUGACCAAUUAGAAACUCCUCUGAACAAUUUUUCCGUAGCCAAAUGUCAACUCAUGAAGACAGAACGACCAAAAGCAAACACAUUUAUCAUCCGAUGCCUCCAGUGGACCACAGUAAUUGAACGAACGUUUCAUGUGGAUUCUCCCGAGGAGCGAGAAGAAUGGAUAAAAGCCAUCCAAGCAGUAGCAGACAGCCUUAAAAAACAGGAAGAAGAAAUGAUGGAAUUUAGGUCUGGUUCCCCGAGUGAUAAUUCUGGAGCGGAGGAAAUGGAUGUUACUUUUACUAAACCAAAACACAAAGUAACUAUGAACGAGUUUGAAUAUUUGAAGCUCUUGGGGAAGGGCACCUUCGGCAAAGUCAUUUUAGUGAAGGAGAAAGCAACGGGAAGAUACUACGCUAUGAAAAUUUUAAAAAAAGAAGUCAUCGUUGCAAAGGAUGAAGUAGCGCACACGCUUACCGAAAACCGCGUCUUACAGAACUCUAGGCAUCCUUUCCUAACCGCAUUAAAAUAUUCCUUCCAGACACACGAUCGCUUAUGCUUUGUUAUGGAAUAUGCAAACGGAGGAGAGUUAUUCUUCCAUCUAUCAAGAGAACGCAUAUUUUCUGAAGAUCGAGCCCGGUUUUAUGGGGCAGAGAUAGUUUCUGCGUUAGAUUACCUUCACUCGGAAAAAAAUGUAGUUUACAGAGACUUAAAGUUGGAAAAUCUCAUGCUGGACAAAGACGGGCAUAUAAAAAUAACAGACUUUGGCCUCUGCAAAGAAGGUAUAAAAGACGGGGCAACGAUGAAGACUUUCUGUGGCACCCCAGAAUACCUCGCCCCUGAGGUGCUAGAGGACAAUGAUUACGGCCGAGCGGUUGACUGGUGGGGCUUGGGAGUAGUCAUGUACGAGAUGAUGUGCGGGCGUCUGCCCUUCUAUAACCAGGACCACGAAAAACUCUUUGAACUCAUUCUCAUGGAGGAGAUUAGGUUCCCACGCACUUUAUUACCAGAAGCAAAGUCUCUGCUCUCCGGUUUGCUGAAGAAAGACCCCAAACAGAGGUUAGGCGGUGGACCGGAUGACGCAAAAGAAAUCAUGCAACACAAAUUCUUUGCCGGAAUCGAAUGGCAAGAUGUAUACGAGAAGAAGCUGGUUCCACCUUUCAAGCCACAAGUUACGUCGGAGACAGACACGAGGUAUUUCGAUGAAGAAUUCACAGCACAGAUGAUCACUAUAACUCCACCUGACCAAGAUGAUAAUCUGGAAUUUGUGGACAACGAGAGAAGACCGCAUUUCCCUCAGUUUUCAUACUCUGCUAGCGGAAACGCUUAGUUUAUUUUGCAUUUUUUAUCUUUAUUUUUUUUUCCUUUUUUAUUUUUAUUUUUUCCUUUUUUAUUUUUUUUUUCCAUUGCGACACAGACUUCAUAUUUGGGCACUAAUUUCGUCGGACUUUGUACAGGACCUUCUACAACCCUAACAAUUACAAACUAUGUUUGUAUGACCGAUAAGGAAAGGAGUUAGAAGAAUGUCUGGAGAGAAAACAAAAACAAACAAACAAACAAACAAAAAAAAAGUCUGUAAACCAGUUCUCACAUUUCACAUUUGCAAAGAAACAAAAAAAAAAAAAAAGAAAAAAGUCACCGUUGUUAAAUGUAUGUAUUUCUAUACAUACGUUUCUAUGCGUUGAUGCGUUGUGAUGGGGAUUCCACACAGUUUAUGGGGGUUUUUUGGGGUUUAUUUUUCUUUUUUCUUUUUUUUUUUUUUUGAGAAUGUGCUCAACAGCUGUCAGGUGAACAAAAAUAAAUGGAUUGAGCAUAUCUUGUUUGAAAAUAAAGUCGAUAUCUUCUCACCA